AUAAAUUUUAUAGACAAAAUUACUUGUUACUAGUUAAUCAGAGAAGUCUGAAAUAGGAGUGUAGCUUUCCAGUAUUAUAAGGAACUAUUAUAAGGAACUGGUUGAAGUGGCUUGCCCCGGGCCUGACUACUCAUUUUGUGUUGCUGCAAGCUGAUGAGUCAUACAGACAGUAGAAUCUCUCUUAGCUCCAGACAUCCAGUCUUGUGUUGCUAAUAGUAGCUCACAAAACUAUUUGAACUGCUUACAAUCUCAAAGAUAGCUUCAGCGGGAUGCAAAAGGCUUGCAAAGGCUAUUUCCAAAGGUUGAUUUUCUCCUAAAUCAUGUAUUGGAAAAAAAUCGGUUUGGAAUAGGUAGAAAUUCAAUCUUGUUACGUAAUGGUUCACGUGACAAGUACUUCCGCUCUAGACAUUGCAAAUGCAAGAACUCUGAAAACCGCUGUAGAGGAAGGGGAUUGGAAACGGGAUCACGUGAGCUUAUGCUUGCAAUGUAAGGCCUCUGGGACCGUGCGCGUGGCAACCUAUGACACCUUGAGGUGUGAUUUUACUGGUUUUGAGGUCAAGAGAAGAAGAAGCAAAUGAGAGGAUACUAGUGUCGAUGUGUGGCAAGAACUUGGACUGAGAAAUCACUGGAAGAACAUUGAUAAUUCAUGUAUAAUUAUGUUUAGACCAUGCUUAUACCUUAUAUUGAUUGUUCAUUGUUGUCUAUGCAUGAUCAUAAGCUUGCUUUAAGCUUUUAGUUUAGCAUAAACUGCCAUUAGUGCACAAAAGUUUAUUGCAAGCUCAGCACUUCAAGUUGCAUCCAUGGUCGCGGCUAUAAUUGAGAUUGUAGCAAGGACGGUCCGUGUGAAAUAGUGCUAAUUGCCUGUGUUUCCAAUCCCCUUCCUCUACUAUCUAUGCUGAAACUCACCCUGAAGUCCUUCAAGAUCUCAAGCUGCUUCCACUUUAAGAAGAUGUCUGAAGCUCAGUCUGAAGGAUUAUUGCAGGAAUCUUCAUUUUCCGAAGCUGAAAAGGAGGCACAGCAAUUAAUGAAGGAUGCUCUUCCCCCGUACAUAGUAAAGUGCUUUACAACUGCAGGAUUUGAUACAAUGCAAGUCAUUUUGAAAAUGGAUGUAAGUGAUGAGCCGGGAAAUUCGAUGGAACAAAUAGAACAAUUUAUCUCUGAUGAACACCCUGACCUUUUAACUUCGAUAAGCAAAAAACCAUCUGGGCACAGGAUUAGAAUACAGCAGUUUGUUAGUGAGCUAUGUGCUAAGAAACAAUCACUUGGAAAGAGAGGUCACAGUGGACAUAAAAAUAAAGCAUCAAAGAGAACAAGAUUAAGUGAUACAUCAGAUAAUACUUCAGAUUUUAAGGACAGUGAUCAAGUUAGUAUUAUAGGUAUCAUUCGACAUUGCCAUUGGGCAACAUUGGCGAUUGAAGACAACGAUAUUAAUCUGUACGAUUCCGCAUACUCUUCUAUUAGCAAAGAGACUAUGAAAACGAUCGCCAACUUGGUUCAGUGCAAGAAUGACUCGUUUACUGUCAACUUAAUGAACAUUAAAAAUCAAACAGGAAUCGCGGAUUGUGCUCUGUACGCAAUGGCAGUGGCCACCUGCUUGAUUCUUAAGGAUGACCCAACUACUGUUGUGUUUCACCAAGAUGACCUAAGAACACACGUUUGUCAGUGCCUAGAAAAAGGCACGAUAACACUGUUCCCUAUGAAGAAGAAGAGGAGGCAUGUUAGCCGACUGUGUAGAACAGAGACUUUAUCAGUGUACUGUUACUGUCGCAUGCCAGAUCAUGGCCAACUAAUGGUACAUUGCAGCCAAUGUGAUGACUGGUUCCAUCGUCAAUGCUUACAAAAGAUACCUGAUGAUGAUAUAGAUUUUAUUUGUAACAUUUGUAGUAGCUAUAAUUAUAUUGAUUAUCAGUAGUCCAUGUAUACAAAUGUUGUGUAUUGAAAUCUAACUGAAAUCUAACUGAAAUCAAAAAUCUAUGUGAAAUCUACGCUGAAAAACCAUAAAUCUACCGAAAUCUCUAUGAAAUCCAGAAAUCAUUGCAGAGAACAAAAGAAAUCUAUUGAAAUCAUGAAAUCUUAGACGAAACCAUGAAAUCACUUGGAAAUCAGGAAAUCCAGCUGGAAAUCACGAAAUCAUUUUGAAAUCUCGUACACUAAAAACACCCGUUGCCGACCCCUCGGAAUAACCAUUAUUCAAGCUCUAUUUACCGUUGCAACUAUCUUCUUCAUUGAAUUUAGGUAAGUUUAAUCUUGUAUUGUACACAUUUAUCCCUUUUUCUCUGAAAUGAUUAAUGUUUAGGUCGUAUACUUCAAUAUGCUUGUUGGUAAAUCAUGUGGUAUCACCCCAAGCCAAAGAAAAUUAGUCAUACAUCAGCUGGUAGAAUUUAGUGCUAGAAAAAAGUUGAAUUAAAGAGCACCACUAAAGAUCCCUUUUUUGGGAAUACGCUAAGCGUUACAGAAAUUUUAAUUUUAGGCAUACAUUCCCUUAUGAUUGGUGAUCACCCCAAGAGCAUUAGUUUUGGAUCAGGUGGAUGUAUAGCUUUUGUGUGCAUGAAUGUGUAGUCACCUAUUUUUACCUCAUAAUUGUUAUUGGCCCGGUAGUAGAUUGUGGUGAAGGGCCUGUAGGCCCGAGAUAUUUAACUACUACAAAUGCUGUUUCAUCUAUAUUUUAUAUAGCAAUACCUCGCAAGCCAUGAGUACGCUGAAGAAAAGAAGACAGAAGAAUACCCCUCCUCUCUACACCCCUACACGUCACCGCCCUCGUAAAUGUUAUCGGCUGUUCCGGCUAUAUAUACACCCUUGUAUACCUCACCAGCUUCUCUCCAUCUAAGACUGUCUGAUUAGAGUGCUAAACUAAUCAUAAUUAUAGCUGUAAUAAUCAUUUUUAUCGUGUAAGUUUUUGUUAAUGUUGUUCGGUUUGA